AUGGUACCAACCCACCUCCUGACGGUGCCAGCCCACCUCCUCUUGAUUUUGCCCACCUCCUGUGGUGCCAGCCACCUCCUGCAGCGGUGCCAGCCCACACCUCCACCCAAGCGGUUGCCAGCCCGCACUCCUGCAGCGAGGCCCACCCGCCACUCACCAGCGGAUGCCAGCCCGCACUCCUGCAGCGGUGCCAGCCACCUCCUGCAAGCGGUGCCAGCCCACCUCCUCGCGGUGCCAACCCCACCUCCACAACGGUGCCAGCCCACCUCCUACAAGCGGUUGCCAGCCCACCUCCUGCAACGCCGGUGCCAGCCCGCCACCACCUGGCGGUGCCAGCCCACCUCCACAGACGGUGCACCUCCUGUGAUUGCCAACCUCCUGGCGGUGCCAGCCCACCUCCCCUGUGGUUGCCAGCCCACCUCCUGUGGUGCCAGCCACCUCCUGCAAGCGGUUUGCCAGCCCACCUCCUGCAAUUUUAGCCACCUCCUGCAGCGGUUGCCAGCCACCUCCUACAAGCGGUUCCAACCCACCUCCUGCAGUUGCCAGCCCGCCUCCACGCGGUUCCAGCCCACCUCUCUGCGGUGCCAGCCCACACUCCCCUGUGGUGCCACCCACCUCCUGGCGGUGCCAGCCCCUCCUGCAUCACCAACCCGCCUCCUGUGCCCAGCCACCUCCUGCAAGCGGUUCCAACCCACCUCCUGCAGACCAGCCCACCCCACCCAACGGUUCCAGCCCACCGCGGUUCCAACCCACCUCCACAACGGUGCCAACCCACCUCUACAACGGUACCAACCCACCUCCUGGCGGUGCCAGCCCACCUCCUACAUGGUGCCAGCCCACCUCCUGGUGCAACCCACCUCCACAACGGUGCCAGCCCACCUCCUGGCGACAACCCACCUCCACCAGCUGAUUACCAGCCACCUCCACAGGUGCCAACCCACCUCUGCAACGGUACCAGCCCACCUCCACAGCGGUGCCAACCCACCUCCUACGACUGGUUCCAACCCACCUCCUACAAGCGGUGCCCAGCCCACCUCCUGCAGCGUGCCAGCCCACCUCCUACCCAGCGGUGCCAGCCCACCUCCUACAACGGUGCCAGCCCACCCUCCACCAACGGUUGCCAACCCACCUCCUGGCCACAACGGUACCAACCCACCUCCUGCAGCGGUUCCAGCCCACCUCCUACAGCGGUGCCAGCCCACCUACCUGCGGUGCCAAGCCCACCUCCCCGGCGGUGCCAGCCCACCUCCUGCAAGCGGUACCAACCCACCUCCACCAGCGGUACCAACCCACCUCCACGACGGUGCCAACCCACCUCCUACAACGGUACCAGCCCACCUCCUACAACGGUGCCAACCCACCUCCACGCGGUGCCAACCCACCUCCUGCAAGCUGUGGUACCAACCCACCUCCUACAACGGUGCCAGCCCACCUCACAACGGUGCCAGCCCACUCCUACAGCGGUGCCAGCCCACCUCCUACAGCGGUUCCAACCCACCUCCUACAACGGUACCAACCCACCUCCACAGCGGUUCCAGCCCACCUCUCCACAGCGGUUCCAGCCCACACUCCUACAACGGUACCAACCACCUCCACAAGCGGUGCCAGCCCACCUCACCAGCGGUACCCCCCCUCUCCGAGCGGUGCCAGCCCACCUCCACAGCGGUACCAACCCACCUCCACAACGGUGCCAGCCCACCUCCCGCGGUUCAACCCACCUCCACCGCCGGUGCCAACCCACCUCCUACAACGGUACCAACGCCACCACCUACAAGCGAUGCCAGCCCACCUCUCUGGCGGUUGCCAACCACCUCUACAAGCGGUUACCAGCCCACCUCUACAAGCGGUGCCGGCCUCUGCGGUGCCAGCCCACACUCUCCACAAGCGGUGCCAACCCACCUCUACAAGCGGCGCCACCCACACCUCCUACAAACG